AUGGUGUCCAAGACAGGCCUAAGAUGUUGGCAAAAAAUAACACCUAUUUAUGGGUUUGGGUCUUUUUUGGUUAUUCCUUCACCGAUUUCCGUCUGUUCCCGGCCGUUGAUUACUGAUUUGGGUUUGUCAGAAUCUGUCACAGCAGAUCAUUUGUUUGCUUUUUUUUUCUGUCGCGUGAUGAAGCCUACAACAACUGAUGUCGGCUGCUUUUUGAAUGCGAGCACGGAAAAGAACACCGAGUGGUUGGUUGUUACGACCGAGGAGGAUUUCAUCAUCGCCACUCACCACCCGAUACACUGCAUCGCCCUUGAUGUUGUAAUGGGAUUUGAAGGAGAGUUUGACUAUGCACCCCAACUGGUCGAUCAAAUGCUUGAACUAGGAUUGAGGCCAUAUGCAGUAAUCCCUCCACCAACAGUUGUAGAUCGUAUGCUCAAAGAUCUUUCUCAUGUGAUAUUUGAGACCUCCAGAUUCGCAACCACAAAAGAAAUGGAACUCAAUGCCGAGAGAGUUGUGCUAAAUCUUAUGCAAAGAAUGAGUUGCAUUGCCACACUCACAAAGGCGAUGGUAGAAGCUGCAAACCCUGCGUGCAUAUUGGAAACGACAAAAACUGUACUAGCAUUAUGUUUGCAGGAUAACUGGGAGUUGAGGUGGAGACAAGGACAUUUGAGGAAAUAA